AGGGGCUAAAUUCAGUUAACCCGGCCCACACCCAACAAUUGAGAUGAUUCCAAAUGCAGAAACCACCAAAUGUUUCUGUGAUUACAAAGAACUUUGAAAGUCAUGUUCUUUGGAAUCAUCAAAAAAUUGUCACUUUGCAGAUAAAUAUGCAUUUCCACAAUCAACCAUCCAGAACUAGAAGAAAUUAAACAAUGCCAUCAUCAUCAACAUCAUCAUCAUCAGGAGUAAAGGUGCGCGAUUUGAUCGCAGAAUGUUUAGCCGAAGCUGCAUCGGAUGCAGAAGAGAAUCAACACAAAGCUCUGCAGAAUUUGGUUGCCAUCACCAAAGUGAGCCCUCAGAAUCGCAAUUUGGUUGCUCAAGCAGAAGGCGCGAUACCUCGACUUCUAGGCCUGUCCAAGUCCUCUUCGUCCUCCAUCACGGUCCAGCUCCUGGCGCUCUCCACGCUCUUCAACCUCUCCCUGAACCCCAACCUGAAGAAGUGUCUAGCAGAUAUGGAGUCCAUCACAUUCCUCAACUCCCUCAUCCUCUCACAGGGCUCCGAAGACUGCUGCAAAAUCGCAGCAUCUGUGGUGUGCAGCCUGGCAAUGCUGGACAAGAACAAGGCUAAGUUUGGCGUGGCGGGGAGCAUCGAGGCACUCACAGAGGCGAUCUCGAGGCCACGUUGCCAGGCUUCCCACCACCUCCUCAGCUCCCUGGCAGAGCUAGUCCAGUUCCAGGGAAACUGCACAGUGGCUGUGAGAUCAGGAGCCAUCCCAGUCCUGCUGAAGCUAGUCGAGAGCUCUGACAACGAGGAUCUCUCGGGGACUUCUCUCGCGAUACUGUCCCUUCUCGCCAGGUUCGAUGAAGGGCUGGGGGCUCUCAAGAAGACAGAGCAGAUUGUUGGGUCGAUGCUGGAGAUCUUGAAGGGGAGGUGCAUGCUUAGCAAGGAGGGAGCUGCAGAGAUUCUUGUGAGGCUUUUUGAUGAAAGUGAAGGGUGUAUCAGGGAUGCUUUGAGGCUGCCAGAAUUCUCUUUUGUGUUAGCUGAUCUUUCAGUUAGAGGAUCAGGAAGAACAAGAGAGAAAGCGAGCUUGUUGAUGAAGAAGUUGAUGGAAGCUAACCAGGAUAAUGAUGCUUAUCCUGAUGAAGAUAAAUACUUCCAAUGGUAGACUGAACUGCCCUUUUAAUUUCUUUUAUGGAGAAUAUUCAAACUUUUUUUUUUUUUGUGUGUUAGACCAUGAGGAAUCUGAGCUGGGCUUAACUAUAGUGUUGACCAUAAUCAAACGCAUGAUCUUCUAGUAUGAUAAUUAUGUUCAUUUACAUGCUUAUACACUAGUGAUCUUCUGGUACU